AUGCGCGGGGCCGUCAUCGGGGCCGGGGUGAUCGGCCUCUCCACCGCCCUGUGCAUCCACGAGCGGUACCACGGCCUGGUGCCCUCCCUGGAGAUGGAGGUCUACGCGGACCGCCAGACGCCCCACACCACCAGUGACGGGGCGGCCGGCUUGUGGCAGCCCUACCUGAGCGACCACGGCAACCUGCAGGAGACGCUCUGGCACAAAGAGACGUUCGAUCACCUCCUCGGGCACCUGGGCUCGCCGGCAGCGAAGGAAAUGGGACUUUUCCUAAUUUCUGGCUACAACCUGUUUACGCAGCCGGUGCCGGACCCAUCUUGGAAGAACAUUGUCCUGGGAUUCAGGAAUUUGACACCGAAAGAGCUUGAACUCUUCCCUGGUUAUAGCUACGGCUGGUUCAACACGGCGCUGAUGCUGGAGUGCCGGAGCUACCUGCCGUGGCUCACCGAGAGGUUAACGCAGAGAGGAGUGAAGUUUUUCCGUAAAAAGGUUGAAUCUUUCCAGGAGAUGUUUGCCCGGGGCGUGGACGUCGUAAUCAACUGCACCGGGGUGCGUGCGGGCGAGCUGCAGCCCGACCCGGAGCUACAGCCCGGCCGUGGACAGGUCAUAAAGGUCCUGGCCCCAUGGGUGAAGCAUUUCAUCAUCACUCAUGACAUGGAAGCUGGUAUCUACAACUCGCCGUACGUCAUUCCAGGGAGCGAGUUCACGGUCUUGGGGGGGAUCUAUCAGCACGGCAACUGGAACGAAGAAAACAGCGCCCAGGAUCACAAAACCAUCUGGGAGAGCUGCUGCAGGGGGCACCUCUGCCAGGCUGGAGAGCUCAGCC